CGCAGCUUGGCGCAAACCCGGAAGCGGACCUCCUGGAGUGACUCUCCCAUCGCGGCGCGAUUGACUUCUAAAGAAUCUUCGUAUGUGAAGAGGAAACCCAGAAGAGGAAGAGGAAAGCAAAGGAGUCAGAGAUGGCUCUUCCUCAGGUUUUACUGACGUUCAGGGAUGUGGCCAUAGAAUUCACUCAGGAGGAGUGGGAAUGCCUGGACUCUGCUCAGAGGACUCUAUACAGAGACGUGAUGUUGGAGAAUUAUAGGAACCUGGUCUCCCUGGAUAUCUCUUCCAAAUGCACAAUGAAGGAGGUCUUGUCAACAGCGCAAGGCAAUAGAGAAGUGUUCCACACAGGGACAUUGCAAAGACAUGAAAGUCAUCACUUUGGAGAUUUUUGUUUCCAGGAUAUUCAUAAACAUAUUCAUGAUGUUGACUUUCAGUGGCAAGAAGAUGAAAGAAAUGACCAUGAAGCACCCACGACAAAAAUCAAAAAGUUGACAUGUAGUACAGACCGAUAUGAACAAAGUCAUGCUGGAAACAAACCUAUGAAAGAUCAGCUUGGAUUAAACUUUCAUUCGCAUCUGCCUGAACUGCACAUAUUUCACACCGAAGAGAAAAUUGAUAAUCAAGUUGAAAAGUCUAUCAACUAUGCUUCCUUGGUUUCAACAGCCCAAAUAAUUUCUUGUAGUCCCAAAACCCGUAUUUCUAAUAACUAUGGGAAUAAUUUCCUGAAUUCUUCAUUACUCACACAAAAACAGGAAGUACAAGUGAGAGAAAGAUCUCUCCAAUGCAAUGAGAGUGGCAAAGCCUAUAAUUAUAGCUCACUCUUAAGGAAACAUCAGAUAAUCCAUUUAGGAGAGAAACAAUAUAAAUGUGAUGUAUGUGGCAAGGUCUUUAAUUGGAAGCGAGACCUUGCAUGCCAUCAUAGAAGUCACACUGGUGAGAAACCUUACAAAUGUGGAGAAUGUGACAAAGCUUUCCAUUUGAAAUUAGACCUUGAAGAACAUAGGAGAAAUCAUACUGGAGAGAAACCAUACAAGUGUAAUGAGUGUGGNAAGACCUUUACUCAGAAGUCAUCCCUUACAUGCCAUCGUAGACUUCAUACGGGAGAGAAACCUUACAAGUGUAAUGAGUGUGGCAAGACCUUUACUAAUAAGUCAUAUCUUACAUACCAUUGUAGGCUUCAUACUGGAGAGAUACCUUACAAAUGUGAAGAAUGUGACAAAGCUUACAGUUUCAAAUCAAACCUUGGAAUACAUCAGAAACUUCACACUGAAGAGAAUCCUUACAAGUUUAAUGAGUGCAGCAAGAACUUCAGCUGGAUGUCAUCCCUUACAUGCCAUCAUAGACUUCCUACUGGAGAGAAACCUUACAAAUGUGAAGAAUGUGACAAAGCUUUCCAUUUGAAAUUAGACCUUGAAGGACAUAGGAGAAUUCAUACUGGAGAGAAACCAUACAAGUGUAAUGAGUGUGGUAAGACCUUUACUCGGAAGAUAUACCUUACAUGCCAUCGUAGACUUCAUACUGGAGAGAAACCUUACAAGUGUAAUGAGUGUGGCAAGACCUUUCGUCAUAAGUCAUCCCUUACAUGCCAUCGUAGACUUCAUACGGGAGACAAACCUUACAAGUGUAAUGAGUGUGGCAAGACCUUUAUUCGGAAGAAAUCCCUUACAUGGCAUUGUAGACAUCAUAUGGGAGAGAAACCUUACAAGUGUAAUGAGUGUGGCAAGACCUUUAGUCAGAAGUGAUACCUGGCCGGGUACAGUGGCUCAAGCCUGUAAUCCCAGCACUUUGGGAGGCCGAGAUAGGCGGAUCACAAGGUCAGGAGAUCGAGACCAUCCUGGCUAA